AUGGGUAGAAGACCAGCUAGGUGUUAUAGAUAUUGUAAAAAUAAGCCUUAUCCCAAAAGUAGAUACUGUAGAGGUGUUCCUGAUCCUAAAAUAAGAAUUUAUGAUAUGGGAAAAAAAAAGGCAGAUGUAAAUGAAUUUAGUGGAGUUGUGCAUUUAGUUUCUUAUGAAUAUGAACAAAUAUCAUCUGAAGCAUUAGAAGCUGCACGUAUUUGCGCAAAUAAAUAUAUGAUAACAAAUUGUGGUAAAGAUAAUUUUCAUUUAAGAAUAAGAGUACAUCCAUUUCAUGUUUUAAGGAUAAAUAAAAUGUUGUCAUGUGCUGGAGCUGAUAGGCUUCAAACAGGUAUGAGAGGAGCAUUUGGAAAACCUAAUGGGGUUGUAGCAAGGGUAGAUAUAGGUCAGGUAUUACUUUCUAUUAGAACGAAAGAAAAUUUUGUUCCUAAAGCAGCUGAAGCUUUAAGAAGAGCAAAAUAUAAAUUCCCAGGAAGGCAAAAAGUUUUUAUUAGUAAUAAGUGGGGAUUUACUAAAUUUUCAAAGGAUGAAUAUCAAGAAUAUAAAAAAAAAGGAAGAAUUAUUUCUGAUGGUGUUAAUUGUAAAUUUAUUAGAGAAAAGGGACCAUUAGAAAAUAUAUAUAAAGAUAUAAACACAAUCAUAGAAUCUUAA